ACAUGCAUAUAGCGGAUAGAGGCACACACACAUACAAAAAUUCACACACGCUGCAGAUUUCACAGCACACAGACGAGGACAUCUCUGACAUUCCCCAGGAUCCUCUAAGACCAACUCUACUGCAGAACCAUGCCCUGUGAGAGCGUCCUGUCCUUCCUGAAGAGCCUGACCCGGCGGAAGCCUUUGGAACCCGAUGGCGAGGAGUCUAAUUUUCGGCGUAACCUGACGACCCUUGACCUGGUGGCACUGGGCGUGGGCAGCACACUGGGCGCGGGGGUCUACGUGCUGUCGGGGGAGGUGGCACGAACCGUGUCCGGACCCAGCAUCAUCAUUUCCUUCUUCAUCGCCGCAGUGGCUUCCGUGUUUGCCGGGCUAUGCUACGCUGAGUUUGGGGCGCGUGUCCCCAAGACAGGCUCGGCUUAUCUCUACAGCUACGUCACCGUUGGGGAAGUGUGGGCGUUUGUGACUGGAUGGAACCUACUGCUGUCAUACAUCAUUGGCACGUCCAGUGUGGCCAGGGCAUGGAGCGGAACAUUCGAUGAACUCAUCGGGAACCAGAUCGCCACGGCGCUGAGGGAGAACUUGCCCAUGAACCUGUCGGGUCUGGCUCCCUACCCAGACUUCUUUGCAGCGGGUCUCAUCAUGCUGCUGGCCGGCAUCCUGGCGUUCGGAGCUAAGGAGUCCGCCACAGUUAACAAGAUCUUCACUGCUAUCAACGUCCUGGUCUUGAUCUUCGUCGUCAUUUCUGGCUUCAUCAAGGGAGAUUUGAGCAACUGGCAACUCACCCCGGAGUUCAUUCUCAACAAUACCAAUUCAGACAACAUCACUGGAGAGGUUGUGCCUAACCUCAGCUAUGGCUCGGGCGGCUUCUUCCCUUUCGGCAUCGAGGGAACGAUCGCCGGGGCGGCCACCUGCUUCUAUGCCUUCGUUGGCUUCGACUGCAUCGCCACCACAGGAGAGGAAGUCAAGAACCCGCAGAAAUCCAUCCCAAUAGGCAUCGUGGCGUCUCUGCUUAUCUGCUUCCUGGCGUACUUUGGCGUGUCAGCUGCACUGACGCUCAUGAUGCCAUACUUCAUGCUGAGUCUCCAGAGCCCGCUGCCCGUGGCAUUUGAAUAUGUGGGCUGGGGCCCCGCCAAGUAUGUUGUGGCUGUCGGAUCCCUCUGUGCCCUCUCCACAAGUCUCCUGGGUUCUAUGUUCCCUAUGCCCCGGGUUCUGUUUGCCAUGGCUCGAGACGGGCUCCUCUUUAAACCCCUGAGCAACAUGAGCGCCCGUCAGAGUCCCGUCAUCGCCACGAUAUCCUCCGGAACCGUCGCUGCUAUCAUGGCCCUGCUGUUUGACCUGAAGGCCCUGGUGGACAUGAUGUCCAUUGGAACUCUCUUUGCCUACACACUGGUGGCUGUCUGUAUCCUCAUCCUGAGAUACCAGCCUGGUGCUUGUGAUGAGGUGAAUGAGAAGCAGACUCCCUCCUGGAGCAUCAAGAAGCCCCCAUCAGCACCCAACCCGAAGACCUCACAAUUUGUGUCCCUGCUCACCAUCUUUAUGAUCGUGCUGACGGUGGUGCUGAGUGUGAUUCUAAGCAGGGGCUUGGACUUCAUAGGCGAGUGGUGGAUGAUCCUGCUGGUGGUGGUGACGGGGCUGCUCAUGCUGCUCUCCCUGGCAGCAGUGUGGAGGCAGCCGCAGAGCUGCAGCAAGGCAGCAUUCAUGGUGCCAUUGGUCCCUCUGCUCCCAGUGCUGAGCUUGUUUGUCAACAUCUACCUGAUGGUGCAGCUGGACGGGCAGACGUGGAUACGCUACUCCAUCUGGAUGGCAAUUGGUCUCCUGAUCUACUUCUGUUAUGGGGUCCACUUCAGCGUUCAGAAGCAGCGCAUGGAGGCGCCUGGAAGCCCGCUGGAGGUUUCCACCAUCGACCAAAAGCUGGAACAGGACUCGGACACAGUCUUACGGCAAACCAAACUAUAAACAUGUCUCAAGAGCUUAUAACCCCGACACCUCUAGAGCACCUCAAGAUCUGGUAAACCCAACAGGGUUUUGCAGGAAGGACAUUCCUCUGUUUUGGGAAAGAGACCAGUUUCUUUUUAUUGUUUAGUUGCAAAAAUGAACUUAUGUUGAAAAUAAGCCAAAGAAAAAGGUUUUUCUUUUAUCCUUAUCUUCCCCUAGACAGUCCAGAGUGUAUUGCUGGGUCUGAAACCUGCUGCAGUUCAGUAACAGUGCAUAGCUGCAGUUAUACAGGAUGUUAACUGUGCUGAAACAUUUGACAUUUACUUGGCCAGUAUUCAUGUCUUGCUUGUUUAUGUAUGUAUGUGUGUGUGUGUGUGUGUGUGUGUGUGUGUACGCACGCGCUUGUGUGUUUUCUAAACUUGUAUUUUAAAAAACUUUUCUGGAAAGAAUGAUAUUAAAGCAUGUCUUUAUGGUAACAUUUCAAUGUAACUUUAAGGAGAAGAUAUUUUUUAACAUGAAUAAACCAUUACUGUAAUAAUGA